CCCGCGUCCGGGAGGUGCGCAGUGCAGGCUGCGGCGACCUCGGAGCUAUGAGCUGGACCUGCCCGCGUUGCCAACAACCCGUUUUCUUCGGUGAGGUUGGGCUGAGGAAGGGUAAAAAGUGGGGCGAAGCCCGCUGGGCUUCCUGAGGACAUGAGAGGCUGGUGAUGUGGUCCCAGUUCCCCUUUCCAGCUGGGGCGGGGACGCCUGCUCCUGGGAGCUGGGCAAGCGGAACUCAGCAGAGAAGGAGGGUGCUGGAUGCCUGGCCUGGCUCCUUGCAGCCCUUCACCUCGUUCCUCACAGCGGAGAAGGUGAGCUCUUUGGGCAAGAACUGGCACCGCUUCUGCCUGAAAUGUGAGCGCUGCCACAACGUCCUGUCCCCUGGAGGGCAUGCAGAGCACAAUGGGAAACCGUACUGCCACAAGCCAUGUUAUGGGGCUCUCUUCGGACCCAGGGGGGUGAAUAUUGGUGGUGUGGGCUCCUACCUCUACAACUCCCCCACACCUACCCCUGCCAGUACCACUCCCCUAAGCCCCAGCAGCUUUAGCCCCCCCAGACCCAGGACUGGUCUCCUACAGGGCAAGAAAAGCCCCCCGCACAUGAAGACAUUCACCGGGGAGACUUUGCUGUGCCCCGGCUGUGAGGAGCCCGUCUAUUUUGCUGAGAAGGUGAUGUCUCUGGGCAGAAAUUGGCACCGACCCUGUCUGAGGUGCCAGCGCUGCCGGAAGACCCUGACUGCCGGGAGCCACGCUGAGCACGAUGGCGCCCCCUAUUGCCACAUUCCCUGCUACGGCUACCUGUUUGGCCCCAAAGGUGUGAACAUUGGUGAUGUAGGCUGCUACAUCUAUGACCCCGUGGAAAUAAAAUGAGAUGCUCACAGGAGAGGUCACCCUAACUCGGACCUUCCACCAUCCAACUCCAUGGUCCACAGUAGGAGCAGUGGAAUUCUCCAACCCCAUGGGGGUGGGAGGAGGUAGGGUGCUGGUAGCCUGGUAACCUGGGCCUUAGGCUCCAUGGCAGACCAGAAUCUCAACUUUCUCUGCCAACUCUUCCCUUUCUCAUCCCUAUCUAAUCGUGUCUGGGUACAGGGGCUACCCCCUUUUGAGGGAUAGCCUUCUGAUCUCCCCAGUCCCUUCUGAACAGAUUCUGAAACUUCAAGGUACUCAUUUAUUGUGU